CACCGACGCGGAGAUGGAAAGCCCGAGGCUGCUCCCGGCUGGUGGGACACGACAGAGCGGCGGUGUUCGCAGCCCCGCGGGCGCCAGCCGGUUCCACGGCGGCCCUGACCCGCGGGCUGGCCAGGUCCCCGCGCGCCGCCUCCUGCUGCUCCGGGGCCCCCAAGAUGGCGGGCCGGGGAGGCGGCACGAGGAGGCCCGCACGGCCUCACGGGGCCCGGGCCCGAGCCCGUUGGCCCCGAGGUUGGAUCACGCUGGCGGCGGCGACAGCGAUGACUUCUUCCUGGUGCUGCUGGACCCGGCGGGUGGCGACGUGGAGACCACGGGCGCCGGCCAGGCCGCAGGGCCUGUAUGGAGGGAGGAGGCCGAGUCGGUCCCACAGCUCCAGCAGGGUGAGAGUGGCGCGAAUCCCGCGGGCCGCCAGGCGCUAGGCCCUGGCUGCCAGUCCGCAGUCCCCGCCCCAUCCCCGGCUGAGAACCCGAUCCCCGCCCCAGGCCUGGGACCCGCCGCGGCCUUCACGGGCACGGUCACCAUCCACAACCAAAACCUGCUGUUGCGCUUCGAGAACGGUGUCCUCACCCUGGCCACGCCCCCGCCGCCAGCCUGGGAGCCUGGGGUCGCGCCUGCCCCUCAGCCUGGGGGUCUGAUGGCUCCGCAAGCGGGCGUCCCGCACGCCGCGCAGGCCAGCGACUGCCCAGAGCUGCCGCCCGACCUCCUGCUGGCCGAGUCGGCUGAACCCGCGCCGGCCCCAGCGCCUGAGGAGGAGGCAGAGGGCCGGGCCGCAGCCGAAAGUCCCCCCCGCAGGCCGCUGGGCCCAGGCCCGGGCGUGGUGCUGUACCUGUGUCCCGAGGCUCAGUGCGGACAAACCUUCGCCAAGAAGCACCAGCUGAAGGUGCACCUGCUGACUCACAGCAGCAGCCAGGGCCAGCGGCCCUUCAAGUGCCCCCUGGGCGGCUGUGGCUGGACUUUCACCACCUCCUACAAGCUCAAGAGGCACCUGCAGUCGCACGACAAACUGCGGCCCUUUGGCUGCCCUGCAGAGGGCUGUGGCAAGAGCUUCACCACGGUUUAUAACCUCAAGGCACACAUGAAGGGCCAUGAGCAGGAGAACUCGUUCAAAUGCGAGGUGUGCGAGGAGAGCUUCCCCACUCAGGCCAAACUCAGCGCCCACCAGCGCAGCCAUUUCGAGCCCGAGAGGCCAUACCAGUGCGCGUUUUCUGGCUGCAAGAAGACGUUUAUCACAGUGAGUGCCCUGUUUUCCCAUAACCGUGCCCAUUUCAGGGAACAGGAACUUUUUUCCUGCUCUUUUCCUGGCUGCAGCAAACAGUACGACAAGGCUUGUCGCCUGAAAAUUCACCUGCGGAGCCACACCGGUGAGAGACCUUUCCUUUGUGACUUUGACGGCUGUGGCUGGAACUUCACCAGCAUGUCCAAACUCUUAAGGCACAAAAGGAAGCACGAGGAUGACCGGAGGUUCAUGUGCCCUGUGGAAGGCUGUGGGAAAUCUUUCACAAGGGCUGAGCAUCUGAAAGGCCACAGCAUAACCCACCUGGGCACAAAGCCAUUUGUGUGCCCUGUGGAAGGCUGCUGUGCCAGGUUCUCUGCUCGCAGUAGUCUUUACAUUCACUCCAAGAAACACUUGCAGGACGUGGACACUUGGAAAAGCCGUUGCCCAGUCUCUACUUGUAAUAAACUCUUCACAUCCAAGCACAGCAUGAAGACCCACAUGGCCAAAAGGCACAACCUCGGCCAGGAUCUCUUAGCUCAGCUAGAAGCUGCAAACUCUCUUACCCCCAGCAGUGAACUUACCAGCCAGGGACAGAGUGAUCUCAGUGAUGCAGAGCUAGUGUCUCUCUUCUCUGAUGUGCCUGGCAGUAGUUCAGCUGCAGUGCUGGACACAGCAUUGGUGAACUCUGGAAUCUUAACUAUUGAUGUGGCUUCUGUGAGUUCAACUCUGGCAGGAAGCCUCCCUGCUAAUAAUAAUAAUUCCUUGGGGCAGGCUGUGGACCCUCGGGCCUUGAUGGCCACCAGUGACCUUCCUCAAAGUCUGGAUACCUCUCUGUUUUUUGGAACGACAGCCUCUGGCUUUCAGCAGAGUCCCUUAGAUAUGGAUGAUGUUCCAAGUCUAAGUGUGGGGCCAUUGGCAUCUCUGGGCUCUUUGGCUAUGAAAAACUCGAGUCAAGAGCCCCAAGCUUUGACCCCCAGCAGUAAGCUAACAGUGGACACAGAUGCUCUGACUCCUUCAAGCACCCUUUGUGAAAACAGUGUCUCAGAACUACUGCCGCCAACCAAAGCAGAAUGGAAU